UUCAGGCUGUUAUGGGAGACGAGGCUCUUCAAAUUCUAGGACACCUUCAAGCUACCUAUUACGAUGUUCUUUUAAAGGGGUCUUCGAGUUGGCUUUUAGAAGAUCUCUUGAAUUUUCUAGAUUUAACCUACAAUGUCCUCUAGUAUGAGGGUACUUAGUGGAUCUCUACACUACUUUCUUUCUAUUCUAUAAUGGAGGGUCCACGUUAAACAGAUUGGGCUCACAGAGUACUUCACAGAGUACUUCAGGGCUGGAGUGAAGAGACACAAAAGAACCUAUCAGGAACUGUAUAAAAAGGGGUCGAGAACUACAUAGAUCUGAGACUUUCCUUCCAUGUCAAGUACCCCUUCCAUUCCAUGUCCAAUUCUCCUUUUUUUCGGUAUGCCGCUCCGCGAGCAAGGAGUGCCACAUACGAGCGGAGCAAAAAGAAAGCAAGGGGACUUCUUCUCUUUUUUGGGGAGAAAUCCUUUGAUUGCAUAUUGAAUAUAGAUCCAUGUCUUUCUUGUUACACUAGCUAAGACCAAAUUCUCGCAUGUCCCUUUCAUUAUUACAACCUUCUUUUUUGAUGUCAAAGACCAGAAGCUACGUGCAAAUUCUCAUUGGAUCUCGGUUGUACUUAACAGCGAUGGCUAUUCAUUUAAGUUUUCGAGUAGCACCACUAGAUCUUCAACAAGGUGGAAAUUCUCGUAUUCCGUAUGUACAUGUUCCUGCGGCUCGGAUGAGUAUUCUUGUUUAUAUCAUUACGGCUAUAAACACUUUUUUGUUCCUAUUAACAAAACAUCCCCUUUUUCUUUGCUCUUCCGGAACCAGUACAGAAAUAAGGGCUUUUUCUACGUUGUUUACCUUAGUUACUGGGGGGUUUCGAGGAAAACCUAUGUGGGGCACCUUUUGGGUGUGGGAUGCUUGUUUAACCUCUGUAUUCAUCUUGUUCCUUAUUUACCUGGGUGCACUGCGUUUUCAAAAGCUUUCUGUUGAACCGGCUCCUAUUUCAAUCCGUGAUAGACCGAUCGAUAUACCAAUAAUCAAGUCUUCAGUCAACUGGUGGAAUACAUUGCAUCAACUUGGGAGCAUUAGCCGAUCUGGUACAUCAAUACAUGUUCCUAUGCCCAUUCCAAUCUUGUCUAACUUUGCUAACUCCCCCUUCUCAACCCGUAUCUUGUUCGUUCUGGAAACACGUAUUCCUAUUCCAUCUUUUCUCGAAUCUCCUUUAACGGAAGAAAUAGAAGCUCGAGAAGGAAUACCAAAACCUAUUUCACUCGCUGAGUCUUUUUGCAUCCAUGGCUGAAUGGUUAAAGCGCCCAACUCAACAUUGG